AUGGCAACGAGGAUCUCAAAGAAAGUGAUGGAAGAGGUGCACCAGUGGGGAUCCAUGAAACAACAUGGUGUGACCUUAAAGUACAUGAUGGAAUUCGGGUCCAACCCUACUGACAAGAACCUCCUCCUCUCUGCUCAGUUUCUUCACAGUGAGCUUCCCAUUAGAAUUGCACGAAGAUCCAUCGAGCUCGAGAAUCUUCCUUGUGGCUUAUCUCAAAAACCUGCUGUUCUCAAGGUUAGAGAUUGGUACUUGGAUUCGUUCCGUGAUCUUAGAUCUUUUCGUGAGAUAAAAGACAUGAGUGAUGAGAAAGAAUUCACUAAGAUUAUCAAGGCUAUUAAGGUGAGGCAUGACAAUGUGGUGCCAACAAUGGCCUUGGGUGUUUCGCAAUUAAAGAGAACUAUGAAUGCAAAUACUGCUAUUGAAGAUCAUACUGAGAUUCAUGAGUUCCUUGACCGUUUUUUCCUGUCAAGAAUUGGAAUCCGUAUGCUUAUUGGGCAACAUUUAGAAUUGCACAAACCUAAUCCAAAUCCAAAUUGUGUUGGUUGUAUACACACAAAAAUGUCUCCUUUGGAUGUGACUAGGAAUGCCAUUGAAGAUGCACGAGCUAUGUGUUAUCGCGAAUAUGGCAACGCACCAGAAGUAACAAUAUAUGGCGAUCCUGAUUUUACUUUUCCGUAUGUUCCAAUUCACUUGCAUCAUAUGGUAUUUGAGUUGGUUAAGAAUUCAUUGCGAGCUGUCCAAGAGCGAUUUAUGGAUGAUGACAGAGUUGCACCUCCCAUUAGAAUCAUUAUUGCUGAUGGAAUAGAAGAUGUUACCAUAAAGAUAUCAGAUGAGGGAGGAGGCAUACCAAGAAGUGGACUUCCAAAGCUAUUUACAUAUCUGUAUAGCACAGCAAGAACAAAUCCAUUAUUGGAUGAAGAUUCAGACCUUGGAAUUGCUAAUACUGUCACAAUGGCUGGCUAUGGUCAUGGCCUCCCAAUUAGCCGCUUGUAUGCUAAGUAUUUUGGUGGUGACCUUCAAAUAUUGUCCAUGGAAGGAUAUGGCACAGAUGCAUAUCUGCAUUUAUGUCGUUUGGGAGACUCAGAAGAACCUCUGCCUUGAAAAGUCUCUAUUUUCGUAUUCUUUUAUCCUAUACAAGAAGUUGCGAUGGAGAGCUACGUAAUUGAUAACUAGGC